GGAGCGGUCGGAGCCUCCGCUCCCGGGGAUGACGUGCUGCUCUCCGGACUGAUGGCGUCGGGCGCGACGAGCCGCUCCGAGGACGAGGAGUCGCUGGCGGGGCAGAAGCGGGGCUCGGCCCAGGCCUCGGGCGCCAUCCCCAAGCGCCGCAGCUCCUCGCGGUUCAUCAAGCGGAAGAAAUUUGACGAUGAGCUGGUAGAGAGCAGCCUCGCCAAAUCCUCCAGCCGGGCCAAGGGCGCCGGCGGGGUCGAGCCCGGGCGCUGCUCGGGCAGCGAGCCCUCCUCCAGCGAGAAGAAGAAGGUCUCCAAGUCCGUGUCCGCCCCCAUCGCGCCCAGCCCGGUCCCGACCCCCGGCCUCGCCAAGCGGAUGAAGAAGAGCAAACAGCCCCUGCAGGUGACGAAGGACUUGGGCCGCUGGAAACCCGCUGAUGACCUCCUGCUCAUCAACGCCGUGCUUCAGACCAACGACUUGACCUCCGUGCACUUGGGCGUCAAGUUCAGCUGCCGCUUCAACCUGCGGGAGAUCCAGGAGCGGUGGUACGCGCUCCUCUACGACCCCAUCAUCUCCAAGCUGGCCUGCCAGGCCAUGCGGCAGCUGCACCCCGAGGCCAUCGCCGCCAUCCAGAGCAAAGUGCUCUUUAGCAAAGCCGAGGAGCAGCUGCUGAACAAGGUGGGAUCGACCAGCCAGCCCACGCUCGACACCUUCCAGGAGCUGCUCCAUAAGCACCCCGAUGUCUUCUACCCCUCCCGGACGGCCAAGGCCCUGCAGCUCCACUGGCAGCUCAUGAAACAGUACUACCUGCUGGAUGACCAGACUGUGCAGCCGCUGCCCAAGGGGGACCAAGUGCUGAACUUCUCGGACGCCGAGGACAUGCUUGACGACAGCAAGCUGAAGGAUGUGCGGGACGAGGUGCUGGAGCACGAGCUGACCGUGGCCGACCGGCGCCAGAAGCGGGAGAUCCGGCAGCUGGAGCAGGAGCUGCACAAGUGGCAGGUGCUGGUCGACAGCAUCACAGGCAUGAGCUCCCCGGACUUUGACAGCCAGACGCUGGCCGUGCUGCGGGGCCGCAUGGUGCGGUACCUCAUGCGCUCCCGGGAGAUCACGCUGGGCAGAGCCACGAAGGACAACCAGAUCGACGUGGACCUGGCGCUGGAGGGACCAGCCUGGAAGAUCUCCCGCAAGCAGGGCGUUAUCAAGCUGAAGAAUAACGGGGAUUUCUUCAUCGCUAACGAGGGCCGACGUCCCAUCUACAUCGACGGCCGCCCCGUGCUCGGCGGCAACAAGUGGAAGCUGAACAACAACUCGGUGGUGGAGAUCGCCAGUCUCCGCUUCGUCUUCCUCAUCAACCAGGACCUGAUCGCCCUUAUCAAGGCGGAGGCGGCCAAGCUGGCCCAGCAGUGACGAGGGGCGGGGGCUGCUCCCCCAGCCCUGCCGGGGGGAAUGGGGGUCCCCACAGCCCCCACCUUGGC